CUCGGUCUUCGGUAUGUCAUUUGCUCUGCAAUCUUAGAGCUGGACGUUAUAAUGUAGAUCGGAUUCAGAAAUAGAUUGGCUGCUUCAUCUGGCAAGUAAGCAAGAGCUGCUGAGCAUCGGUAUUAUCUUUUGUUAUGGCUCUGCGUGGUUGUGUUUGUGCUCCUACAUGGCUUUUUGUCCGACGCUUCUGUUUGUCAUAGAUUUUUUUUGCCUAUUUUUUGAGGUCAGAUUUUCAUGUGCAUUUUUUUUUGCAUAGAAAUACAGCUUUCAUCUUUAUUUUUUGUUCCUAUUAGUGUGCUUGCUAUACCAAGCAACCUCGCACAAUCAUGUUUGUCGGAAAUCUUCAAACUCCUUGCCGACCUGUAUCAUGCAUGGAGACCCAACUCCAAGUUUUUUGAAAUCGUCCGGAAAAAAAAACAGGAGCAGUUAGCAUCACUUGUUGUUAUCAGCUGUUAAGUGUUACCCUAGCCCUUUGCCUUUCCGCUUUUUCCGUCUCGGCAAAGAUUUUUCGUUCUUGCUUGGUGGCUUCGUUCUGGAACGCGGUUGUCCUUCCUACUAAGAAUCUAAUCUAUUUCCAUCUUCGAAAAAACCAGCACUAGCUGUAGAUAAAAACUUGCCGUUUCACUUUUGAUUCAAUUUUUCGGUUAAAUUUUGCGAUACCACUUGUUCCAGGAGAGACUGGUCACCGGUGGAAGCCCAACAUAACCGCAAUCAUGGAGCCGACUCUCUCCUUAGUCUCGACGUCCCCGCUCUUCAUUGCCAACUCGGGCUUUGAUCCGCUCAGCAGGUACUACUGUGCAUCUCCGUCGUCGAUAAAUGAUUCAAACUUUCAACUUGAACUUUCUUCGAUGAUGAAUACUAUCAUGCAGAUAGAUCACGUUAGUGCUACAACAAAAAUCGAUUUCUUCUCAACUCUUCCUUUAUUCUUGUCAUCAGUACUCUUUCGAGGAGCUUCUUGACGCAAUCGACUCUGGGAAGUCCCGUUGGUCUUGAGGUCCCACAGUGGGGUGCCGUCAAGUUGCCGCAUAACCGAUGGCUCACGGGUAUUGGACUCUACUACCGCCCACACGUUCCGGGUGUCACAGACGUUUCCCCUAAGAGUGAAAUCGCGCACACCGAUAGCGUUGAAACUGUGGUAGUAGACGUGGAAAAGUGAUUUAAUAAAUUUUUCUUAUCAAAUGCGAUCCUAAUGACGCACUUUAACGACAGUGGAAUAAUGCAGGUAGCAGGCGACGUAAAGAGUAGAGGAGAAUUGGGGUAUUCAACAAGAGUCGACGAAUGCUAACACUCGGCACUGCACCACAGGGGGAUAAAAAGAUCUAUACAUAAUGUACUGACUUCUACACUAUUUUGUGUAGAAGUAUCUACUUCUUGAUCUUGUCAUAGGAGAAUCGGAUAGGAUUAGAUUAAUAAAACAGCAUAAGGUCGUGUAGGCAAAAUGUCUACAAGCGAUUUCGGUCAAAUCAAGAUGGCUUCAAAGAUUUCUUGCCACUUGUCAUUACACAUUUUUCAUAUGGGAAUUGACAUGAACAUGAUACUGAUAGGCGAUGGAUCUCUAUGACUUGGAGGUUGUUUCGUGGUUUCUUGUGUAUAAAACUUUUUGAUGUUUUCACCGUCGUUGGUAGUAAAUUUCUUCUACAUGAUUUAUGGAAAGCGUUCACAGUUUCGAUACUGAUCUUGUAGUUUCUUACAAUGAAUGCAACGUUUCUUCUUCGUUUAUUUCUCCGCGACUCGUCGAUCGGAUAGGCCAACAACAUCGUGAUUUCUAACUUAGUUGAAGUGACACCGUUCUAUGUUUGGAUUUUGGUUUUUUGCUUGCGAGACACUGACUUGUUGUUGUUCGACAUAGAUACGCAUGAAUGACGAGGGGCAUGGUAUGAUCGUGUGAUUCUGGUGACCAGUAGGAAUCUGCUCCUGGUUAGCAGAAUCAAUGUGGUAGGUAAGUAACUUUUUGGGCACUUACAGUUUCAUCAGGUAAGAUUGAUGACAAAUCCAAUCCCGGUUGUGCUUUUGCGUUGCAAUUAUUCGAUUGGCACUUUUCUCUCAAUCGAUGAUCCCAUUGGCACUUUCUUUCAAGCAGGAUGUGCUGGAAAAAAGAGAAGCAGUGUCAUCGCAUUUAUGACGAGGAGACGCAUAUUUAUACCCUCCUGUGGUUGUGUAGUCUCUAUCCAUCGGAUAUCGGUGGGAAUUGCACUGGCAGGCAUGAAUACGGGAAUACUAAUUGUCGCAUAAAAUAUUCACAUACACAUCAAAUUCAAAAGGAAAUGAUCAAGGGAAUCACGUGAUGCACAGGGAAAUCAACAUAGAUGUAGUCUUAACAGCGUCAGACUUUUCGGAAUCUGCAACGACGCUAUUUUUGCACAGGGAAAAUGA